UUGGUAAGAGAGAGAGCAAAUAGAUUUUUGUUAAAGAUAGGGGAAAACAUUAUAGUUGACAUGGUAUUAUUAUCCACUAGUUUCAUAGACUUUUCAAACUCUGCGACCAAUGAAUCCACCUAGUAGUAGUAGUCCAUAGAUGAAAACCGCCGGAGCGCCGCCGCAUAGAGGUGGCUCCUCCUCUUCCGCCGCAUACUUCUACCGUUCUUCUUCAUCAUCAUCUUCCUCCUCCGCCGCCAGCUGUAGAGUUCUCGUCGUGAAGAUGGGAGGAAAAAGCAAGAACCAUCAAUCUAAGCAGGAGGAUUCAGAGCCAGAACCACCAAGAAUCAAAUCCAAUGUGAAGCAUAACUUGCAGCUUCUUAAGUUGUGGAAGGAGUUUCAGAACAGAGGAUCUGGCACGGCUAAGCCAGCAACUAGUUACAGGAAAAAGAAAGCAGAGAAAGACGAGUUACCUGAUGAUAGCGACCUCUACCGUGAUCCUACCAACACACUUUACUACACGAACCAGGGUCUAUUGGACGAUGCAGUUCCGGUCUUGCUUGUUGAUGGUUAUAAUGUAUGUGGGUAUUGGGUGAAGCUGAAGAAACAUUUCAUGAAGGGUAGGCUUGACGUUGCUCGCCAGAAGUUAGUUGAUGAACUUGUCUCCUUCAGUAUGGUUAAAGAGGUUAAGGUAGUGGUUGUGUUUGAUGCUCUCAUGUCUGGUCUCCCUACUCACAAGGAAGACUUUGCUGGUGUUGAUGUGAUCUUCUCAGGAGAAACUUGUGCCGACUCUUGGAUUGAAAAAGAGGUGGUUGCAUUGAGAGAAGAUGGAUGUCCCAAGGUUUGGGUUGUAACAUCUGAUGUUUGUCAACAACAAGCAGCACAUGGAGCGGGAGCUUAUGUUUGGAGUAGCAAGGCAUUGGUGUCUGAGAUCAAAUCAAUGCAUAAGGAAGUAGAGAGAAUGAUGCAGGAAACAAGGUCUACAUCUUUCCAGGGGAGAUUGCUGAAACACAAUCUUGAUUCUGAAGUGGUCGAUGCUCUUAAGGAUCUAAGAGACAAAUUAUCAGAAAACGAAACAAAGAGAUGACAAAGAUCGAUCCGGGUUAUAACUAGGCUUGGUCUCUCUAUAUAACUUCUGUCCCAAGUAAGCUAAUCUGACUUGUGAAGCAGAGGCUGGCGGGAAAAGAGAGCUCAAGGGCUUUGUUGUUGGGUCUUGUAUCUGAAUUUGUUUUUAGCUAUAAGCUGUACAUUGGCUGGCUCUCUUUGGUCCAAACAUUGGUUAUGAGGUGUACAGAUACUUUGUGAAAUCUAAAUUCUGAAAAUUUAAUUUAAAAUUAAACCUU